AUGGACCUCUCCAUUCUUCGUGAGCUCUCGAAGCUCGACCCUGCGGUACCGUUCCGCGCCUCAACUGAUCAUUUGCAUCACACCUGGGCCAAGACCUUCUUUUCGCGCCCGGAGUUGUACAUCCGCCCAGAGACUAUCCCAGAGAUUCAACAACUCGUCACUCUCGCCCGUCGUUGUCGUCGCCGAAUCGUGACCGUUGGCAGCGGCCAUUCCCCCUCCGAUCUGACCUGCACCUCGUCCUGGCUCGUCAACCUCGAUAACUUCAAUCGCGUUCUACAUGUCGACCCCACCACCGGCUCCGUUACCGUCGAAGCGGGCAUAAGAUUGAGGGACCUAGGCAUUGAGCUGGAGAAACAUGGUCUAACACUCGACAACCUGGGCAGCAUCGACAGCCAGUCUCUCGCCGGCGUCAUCGCCACAGGCACUCACGGCAGCUCUUUGCGCCACGGCCUACUAUCAGAAUGCAUCGACUCGCUGGGCUUGGUUCUCGCCAAUGGUCAGCUCGUUCGCUGCAGCGCGACAAAUAAUCCAGAUUUGUUCCGCGCCGCGCUGGUGUCGCUCGGAGCGCUGGGAAUCGUCGUCGAAAUUACCUUCAAGGCGACACCUUCGUUUAAGAUUGCCUGGCGCCAGGAACGGUAUUCGCUGGAUCGUGUACUGGAUGAAUGGUCGACGGGAUUGUGGACUACACACGAGUUCGUGCGCGUCUGGUGGCUGCCUUAUGCGAAGGGUGCUGUGGUCUGGCGUGCGAAUAAAACCGACCUCCCGCUGCGCCCUCCCCCACAGAACUUCUACGGCGACUCGCUCGGCUACCACAUCUAUCAUAACCUCCUCGCGCUCUCCACGUAUGUCCCGCGCAUCCUGCCCUGGGUCGAAUGGUUCGUCUUUGGUAUGCAGUACGGCUUCCGGGCCGGGUCAACCGUCACCGAGGCCGUGGAGCCCGGGCGCACAGGAUUAUUGAUGAACUGCCUGUAUUCGCAGUUCGUUAAUGAAUGGGCGCUUCCGUUGGAGAAAGGCCCUGAGGCGAUCGGUCGGCUUUCGGCAUGGCUGCACGGCGACAUGGAGACCGCGCAAAUCCCGUUCUCGUCCAAGGGCCUGUACGUGCACUGUCCGGUCGAAGUGCGAGUUUCCGACACCUCGCUGAACACCAAGCCCCGCCCGUUCCUGGACCCGACUUGCUCUGAUGGCCCGACACUCUACCUAAACGCAACGCUCUACCGACCGUACCUUCGCGACCCGCCCUGCAAAGACCGCUACUACGAAGCCUUCGAAUGGCUAAUGCGCCAGAUGGGCGCAAAACCACACUGGGCAAAGAACUUCCGCACACUGGGCUCUUCAGAGCUGGGCAGGGUAUACGGCGAGGACAUGGACUCGUGGAUGAAAGUGCGAGGCGAAGUCGACGCAGACGGCAUGUUUGCGGGCGAAUGGCAUUUGCGCAACCUGCCCCUGGAAAUCGGACAGGCCAGCGACGCACCUGGCGGCGAGGGGCUGCCGCUCCUGGAGCGCGAGCACGAACGUCGCAGGGUCGACAUGAGUGGCGUCGGCGAUGGCGUCGAAUGGGUAGGAGAUCGCCGGUGGCAGGGUCAGUCUCCUGCUGCGCUGGAGAAGACCAUGAUCCCAUUACCAGAGGAGCCGGUGCCUAGUGAACCCGACACGCCGACCAGCGAGGAGAGCUUUGAUUUGCUUGCGCGGGGUGAAGCGAGCAUCAUGCUCCCCAAUAAGGCAUGA